UUCUUACAUUGCAGCUUCAUACGUGAAGUUUUUGGAAUCUGCCGGUGCCCGAGUUGUGCCAAUAAGAUUAAAUCUUUCAGAUGAAGAAUAUGAUAAAAUAUUCCACUCUAUUAAUGGGGUACUAUUUCCAGGAGGUGGUGUGGAUCUUAAGACUUCAGAGUAUUCCAGGGUUGCUAAGAUAUUUUACCACAAGGCGUUAGAGGCUAACGAUAAAGGAGAUUAUUUCCCAGUGUGGGGAACAUGUCUUGGACACGAAGAGCUUACGUAUCUCACAAGUGGCGAAGUUUUACUUGUUAAUACCAAGACAGAUGGGUUUGCGCUCCCCCUGAACUUUACCUCAGCUUCAAAAGACAGCAGAUUAUUCAGCAAUCUCCCUGAUGAUGUAUUACAUGCAUUUGCUACUGAGCCAUUGACAUCAAACUUUCAUAUGUGGAGCCUCUCCAUGGAGAAUUUCACAAAGAAUGAAAAGCUUCGUAAUUUCUAUAACGUUCUGACCACUAACACUGAUGAUGAAGUGGAGUUUGUAUCUACCAUGGAAGCAUACAAAUAUCCAAUUUAUGGUGUCCAGUGGCAUCCAGAGAAAAAUCCUUUUGAGUGGAAGCAUUCACCAGGAAUCCCACAUUCCCCAUCAGCUGUAAGAGCAGCAUAUUAUAUAGCUGACUUCUUCAUUAAUGAAGCCCGGAAGAGCCUGCACCAUUUCCCCAGUGAAGAUGACGAAACAAAAGAAUUGAUUUAUAAUUAUACUCCAGUUUAUACAGGAACAUUUUCUUCAUUUCAGCAAAUCUAUUUUUUUGAUUGAAUAUUGUGUCAAAGGUGCAGUGUGCUAUUUAUAAAUGGAAUUAUUUGCCAGCAUUGUAUAAUUAAGCUGAUAUAGUGCACUGCAGGUGACAGAAAGCCAGAACAGUUCUCUUCCUUUACAAUGAUUUAUCCUGUGUUUCUUCUGCUUUUGGACUAUGAAUAUAUUUACAUUCAGUAACAUAAUAAUUGUCUUGGAUCUCACUUUAAGGCAAUCUACAAA